GCAACAGGUCAGUGGGUACUAUAUGGCGUUCUAGCAUUCACCAUGGAGUGUGACGGCAUUGACCUGAAAAGAGCAGAGCUAUUUUCAUUCUGACAUUCUGACUUUCAUUCUCUUCACCUUUAUUCCUACCAUCUGGCUGUUGGGAAAGUUAGGAUAGGACAAUGUGAGGAGAUACUACAGCAGCAUGGCGACGCACAUCCUGUGGUGUGCGUUUGCAUGGACAUUCAAGGGUCUGUUAUGUACCUGCAGGUUCUUCUGGGUGAGCCCAUACUACUCAAUCAAAUACAUGCCCAAUGAACCUCACAGAACAGGGAAGGAUCAAGUGAAACAAAAAACAGGCUCAGCGAAUCAGGAAAUACCAGGAAGUCAUGAUAGCAGUGCCAUGCAGAGGAGACUGUCCAAAGCUGAGAGGGAGAUUCAGGCCCUCAAGACCCAGAUCACCUUUGAGAGGGCAACAUGGGAGAGGAAGUUUGUGGAACUGCAGGUGAUACAGCAGGACCUACGUUAUCAGCUGAUCUCUGUAGCCAGGCCUGGAAGUUUACCUCAGGUGGGCAGCUUUGAGGACCUUGGCGAGUCAGAGGUGGAAAACAGACAGUCGUACGAUGGAAAGAACCAGGACAGCUCAAGCAGCCAUUCCAACCGAAGCAAAGGGUCUGAGAGGAUGUCAUCAACAGGCGACACAUGCCAAAGCAGCUUGUCUGGCAGCCAGGUCUCAUUGAACUCAGCAUUUGGCUUCAGACCCAUUUCUGCUCUGUCUCCAGCCACCAGUGGGAGCUCCUGGAGGAGCUACACCGGUCCACACCGGGUCUUUGUGCCUCACUCCCCCCUGGACCUGCAGACGGGACACCGGGUUCGAGUCCUGCUGCCCUCGGGACGGAUCAGCACAGGCACGGUUCGUUACCUGGGCCACCUGGAGGGGGAGCCAGACUUCCAUAUGGGAGUGGAGCUGGAAUCACUUGAACACGGGCAGCAAGAUGGCACACACAGGGGACAGUGCUACUUUGAAUGCAAGGCUGGCCACGGUGCCUUUGUGCCAUUCACCAAGCUGUUGAUGGCCUGGGAGUGAUGACAUCACAGUCUCUAUGGUGGAGGGUCACAUCUGGAUAUUUCAUAUGGACUCUUUGGCAUCAAUUACGAAUGGUCUCUAAAAGUAAACUUACAAUACUGGUCAAAAGUUUUAGAACACCUACUCAUUCAAGGGUAUUUCUUUGUGUUUACUAUAUUCUGCAGAGUAGAAUACUAAAACUAUAUAAUAACACAUAUGGAAUCAUGUAGUAACCAAAUAAAGUGUUAAACAAAUCAAAAUAUAUUUUAUUUGAGAGAGAUUCUUCAAAUAGCCACCCUUUGCCUUGAUGACAGCUUUGCACACUGCAUUCUCUCAACCAGCUUCACCUGGAAUGCUUUUCCAACAGUCUUGAAGGAGUUCCCACAUAUGCUGAGCACUUGUUGGUUGCUUUUUAUUUACUCUGUGGUCCGACUUAUACCAAACCAUCUCAACUGGGUUGAGGUCGGGGGAUUGUGAAGGCCAGGUCUUCUGAUGUAGCACUCCAUCACUCUCAUUUGUGGUAAAAUAUCCCUUACACAGCCUGGAGGUGUGUUAGGUCAUAAAUCACACAGUGUCACCAGCAAAGCACCCCCACAACAUAACACCUCUUCCUCCAUGCUUUACGGUUGGAAAUACAAAUGCGGAGAUCAUCCGUUUACCCACAUCGUGUCUCACAACGACACGGUGGUUGGAUCCAAAAAUCUCCAAUUUGGACUCCAGACCAAAGGACACAUUUCCACCUGUCUAAUGUCCAUUGCUUGUGUUUCUUGGCCCAAGCAAGUCUCUUCUUCUCAUUGGUGUCCUUUAGUAAUGGUUUCUUUGCAGCAAUUUGACCAUGAAGGCCUGAUUCACACAGUCUCCUCUGAUCAGUUGAUGUUGAGAUGUGUAUGUUACUUGAACUCUGUGAAGCAUUUAUUUGGGCUGCAAUAUCUGAGUCUGGUAACUCUAAUGAACGUAUCCUUUGCAGCUGAGGUAACUUCCAUUCCUGUGGCGGUCCUCAUGAGAGCCAAUUUCAUCAUAGCGCUUGAUGGUUUUUGCGACUGCAAUUGAAGAAACAUUCAACGUUCUUGAAAUGUUCCGUAUUGGCUGACAUUCAUAUCUUAAAGUAAUGAUGGACUGUCGUUUCGCUUUGCUUAUUUGAGCUGUUCUUGCAAUAAUAUUGCCUUGGUCUUUUACCAAAUAGGUCUAUCUUCUGUCGAACACAACUGAUUGGCUGAAAUACAUUUUAAGAAGGAAAGUACUUCCCCAAAUGAACUUUUAAGAAGGCACAUCUAUUAAUUGAAAUGCAUGAGGGUGACUACCUCAUGAAGCUGGCUGAGAGAAUGCCAAGAGUGUGCAAAGCUGUCAUACAUUUUGAUAUGUUUAACACUUGUUUUGUUUACUACAUGAUUCCAUAUGUGUUAUUUCAUAGUUUUUAUGUCUUCACUAUUAUUCCACAAUGUAGAAAAUAGUACAAAUAAAGAAAAACCCUUGAAUGAGUAGGGGUUCUAAAACGUUUGACCGGUAAUGUAUAGGCACAAGUUUAUUGAGAAUAUGGCACCCCUGAUGUAUCUACUGUACAACCAACAUGCUUCAAAGAUCAUAGAAGUGUCAACAUCGGCCCUGUAUUAAAGACCAACAUUGGCAAAAGAAAAAGAGAAUAAAAUUGUAAAUACUAUAUACAGUAGUAUAUGCUGUACAUGUAUACAGUGGUAUAUGUGGGAUGAGCACUAACAAUGUUGUCUUUGUGUUCAGAAAUAAAGUAACAAUCUUGUAGCAUCAA